GAAAGACCGUGACGAGAAACGGGGCCAUCCAUUAGAUGGCGUCGAUUUAGGGGAUUUUGUGAAGAUAUGGGGCAAACGGAAGACCGAAAAAUGGUCAUCUCUUGACUGGAUCAAGACAAGAGUUAUGAUGGUCGUCCCCUGACACUCAUGAAAUACGUAUGGAACAACCCCGGCUACUUCCAGUACAAAGUCUCUUCUAGUAUAAAGCUUUUAGCGCUCAAAAGGGUCAUCCUCGAACACACCCACUUGUAAGUUAAUAUGAGUACUACUCCAUUGAACAAGAACUAAAUGAUUCUUCCUUCUCUAACCUCAACAACAAGCUGGUCGUCGCAGAUGUUCUCGAAAUGGAUACAGACCCGUUGGCCUUUGUGUAUAUGGAGAUAUCGCGUUGGGACUACAAGAACAAAAUGAUGUCCAGGACUUGUAAUGUUUACUGAGGAAGGACAGGGAUUUUUGGGAACAAGAUCAUGUCGAGGUGGACAUGUUGUAGUAUUUACUGAGUUUGAGGGAAAGCCGGGUCGGAUGGUAAGGGGUUUGACGCCUCGACACAUUAUAGGACGUGCCAUGAUGUUGAUCUUUGUCACACAGUUGGAGUCGAAGAUCUGAAAUGACGAGCAAUUUGCGCCCCUCUCAUUAUACGCACAUAUUCUUUGUUAGCAACGCAUAUUGUACUUCUUAAGUUCUUCAGACUUUCCUUACGCGGAAAAGUCUAGGAUAUUUGCAUCACUGAAAAAACAGUUCCUAUAAGCGCGGCAGGCAUGUGAAGGUUUACCGCCUUGCCGGGUCACGACUGCAUGCAGCCAAGAGCCAC